AUAUACAACAUGCAGUCCGUUCUCCACAAAGUCGUUGGCCCCAAAGAGGUCCACCCAGAAAACCUCGAAGGUCGCGUCGCAGUAGUCACCGGUGGUGCUCUCGGAAUCGGAUAUGAAGUCAGCCGCGCGCUCGCCCUCGCAGGCGUAAAAGUAAUCAUGGUGAACCGCAAAGAAGAGCAAGGCGCCGACGCCAUCUCAAGCAUCAAGAAAGAAAAGGCCGAUGCCGAGGUCGAAUGGAAACACUGUGACAUGGGCAGCCUGAAGGAAGUCAAAGAAGUCUUCUCCGAAUUGCGCAACUCGCUGGACCGUCUCGACUUCCUCGUUUUGUCCGCGGGCAUAAACACAAACUUUUAUGGGGAAGACGCUGAUGGUAUCGACCGCCACUUCGGAGUGAACUUCCUCGGUCACUUUUACGUGUGCAAUCAACUCUGGCCAUUGCUCCGAAAGACAGGUAAGAUGGGCACGAAGCCCGCGCCAAGGGUCGUCUUUGAGUCGAGUGAGAUGCAUCGUACGGCACCAUCGGACGUGCAUUUCGCGAGCAUGGACGAGAUCAAUGACAGCUCCAUGGAUCCCACACGCUUGUACGGACGCACGAAGCUGGCCAUGAUUCUGUUCGCAAAGUACGGGCUGCGUGACCGCGUCAUCAAGCCUAAUGGCGACAACGUAUACGCUCUUUCGGUUCAUCCAGGCGCUGUCAACACGGCUAUGCAGCAGCAGUGGAAAGAUGCAUAUCCCGGUAUUACCGGCAAGCUACUAUCGAAUGCCAUGCUCUUCGUUGGACGAGACGUUGAGCAGGGGUCGUACAGUGCGCUUUGGGCAUGCACAGCGGAUGAGAUUGAGGAGAAGGAUAUGAAUGGAUUCUACUUCAACGACCCCGGCCAACCAGGUAAAGAGACAUCUCAAGCCAGCGAUGAGAACCUCGGUGCUGCGCUGUGGGACCUGAGUGAGCGGAUCAUCAAAGACAAAUUGGGAGGGGACGCGCUGAUUGACUGGAAUGCGAAUGAGUAA